UUCCGAUCCGAAGAAAUGAGGGAAGAAAUCCUGCCAGCGCACAGAGACUAUCUACUGAUGGUUUGCUAUGCGAUUAACGCCUUUGAAUUGUUUCAUUCGCUGUACUUUCUGGUGGAUACCGCAGGUCUAUUGAUAACUUAUACGAACCUCUACACGUCUUUGGCAUUUCUGGGCACCAUCGUUUGGUUUCUGACUGUUGUCGCACUCUCUGUGGGCUUAUGGCAGGGUCGUCCGAUGCUCUUCAUAUUCUGGCUCUUCUUCUCGGGCAUUGGCACUCUCACGGACAUUGUGUAUCUGGUGUGGAGUGUGACUUCAUCGCUCACCUUUGACUGGUUGCAUUUCCUCAAUUGGACUGUACUCUACUUUGGAAUAGUUGUCGAGUGCACUUGCCUGUAUUUGGUUUACAGUUAUUACCGAAGAUUGAGUCACCUUUACCAACUGCACCACCACGAGCAAGGGGAUGCCCCAAGUCACAGAAUUUUCACGCCGGAGCUGCGCAGCGAAACGUCAGCAUAUCCAGCGACAGACACGAAAAGUGAUGGAGGAAAAGAUGGCAGAAAUAAGUAUUAAGUAGA